AGCACAACGGCCCCCAGGCGGCGGCGACGACGACGACCGCGGGACGCUGAGGAGGAGCCGCCUGCGCGGCCCAGCGGCGGCGGGCGGGCCGGACACACCGACCGAGCAGCCGCGGCGGGGAGGGGAGACCAGCAGCCCAGCCCGCACCGGCAGCGCCAUGGCCACCAAGGCUCGUGUUAUGUAUGAUUUUGCUGCUGAGCCUGGAAACAACGAACUGACCGUCAGUGAAGGGGAGAUCAUUGUAAUUACCAACCCGGAUGUUGGCGGAGGCUGGCUAGAAGGAAGAAACAGCCAGGGUGAGAGAGGACUUGUUCCAACAGAUUAUGUUGAGAUUAUAACUGAAGGUGCAAAAGAUGAAAUUACCUGCGGUAACUCGUUAGCUGACCAAGCCUUUUUUGAUUCCCUGUCUUCAAAUACAGCUCAGACCAACUCUGCUGCAAAAAGCAGUAAUCAGGCAAACAAUGCCAGUGAUCCUUGGUCCAGCUGGAAUGUUGGGAAGUCUGGGAACUGGGAUAAUGGGAACACUGACAGCUGGACGUCGAAAGCUGAAAGUGCACCUGGCCAGAGAAACAGUGCUUCAAAUAACUGGGAGACAGCAGCAGCAUUUGGUCAUCCGCAGGCAUAUCAAGGACCAGCAGCUGCUGAUGACGAUGAUUGGGAUGAUGACUGGGAUGAUCCAAAAUCAACUUCACCAUCUUAUCUUGGUUAUAAGGAGACUGAGACACCAGAGGCUGGUGGGGUCCAGCGUGGAAAUUCACGUGCAGCUGCUAUGAAGUUACCACUUAACAAAUUUCCUGGAUUUGCAAAACCUGGAAUGGAGCAGUAUCUAUUGGCAAAGCAGCUAGCAAAACCCAAAGAAAAAAUUCCCAUAAUUAUUGGUGAUUAUGGCCCAAUGUGGGUUUAUCCUACCUCUACAUUUGACUGUGUGGUGGCAGAUCCCAAAAAAGGUUCCAAAAUGUAUGGUCUCAAGAGCUACAUUGAGUAUCAGCUGACCUGCACUAACACUAAUCGGUCUGUCAACCACAGAUACAAGCACUUUGACUGGCUGUAUGAGCGUCUCUUGGUUAAAUUUGGAUUAGCCAUUCCAAUCCCAUCUCUUCCAGACAAGCAAGUAACAGGCCGCUUUGAAGAAGAGUUCAUCAAAAUGCGGAUGGAGAGACUGCAGGCUUGGAUGACAAGGAUGUGUCGCCACCCUGUUGUCUCAGAAAGUGAAGUUUUCCAGCAAUUUCUCAAUUUCCGAGAUGAGAAGGAAUGGAAAACUGGAAAGCGGAAGGCAGAAAAAGAUGAAACUGUAGGAGUCCUGAUCUUUUCUACAAUGGAACCAGAAGCCCCUGACCUGGAUAUGGUAGAAAUAGAACAGAAAUGUGAUGCAGUGGGUAGGUUCACCAAAGCAAUGGAUGAUGGAGUUAGAGAGCUGCUCACAGUUGGACAAGAGCACUGGAAAAGGUGUACAGGGCCACUACCCAAGGAAUACCAGAAGAUAGGAAAGGCAUUGCAGAGCCUGGCACUGGUCUUCAGCACUAGUGGAUACCAAGGAGAAUCUGAUCUCAAUGGAGCAAUAACAGAAGCAGGAAAAACCUAUGAAGAAAUUGCUAGUCUUGUAGCAGAUCAGCCGAAGAAAGAUCUUCACUUUUUGAUGGAAACAAAUCAUGAAUAUAAGGGAUUUCUUGGUUGCUUCCCUGACAUCAUAGGAGCUCAUAAGGGAGCAAUAGAAAGAGUGAAGGAAAGUGAUAAAUUAGUUGCAACCAGUAAAAUAACACCACAAGACAAGCAGAACAUGGUGAAACGUGUAAGCACCAUGUCUUAUGCACUACAAGCUGAGAUGAAUCACUUCCACAGUAACCGGAUUUAUGACUACAACAGUGUCAUUCGUCUGUAUCUGGAGCAGCAGGCACAGUUCUAUGAGACGAUUGCACAGAAGCUGAGGCAGGCACUCAGCCGCUUUCCUGUGAUGUAAUCGGGAGCAGUCAACAACAAACAACAACUCCGAAGUGCUUUUCUGAUUUGGGGGCAAUGCCAAUAAAGACUUGUUAGCCUUCUCCAGCCAAAAAGAAUCCAGACCACCUGCCAAAAAAUCCCAAAACAACAAAUAUCAGCUGUAGAAAAAAAAAAAUUAUUUCACAUGUUGCUUUACUUUAUCAGCCUCAAUCGUAAGAUAAGUUUCUCUUACCUGGAAUGCUUUCCCAUGUGUAUCAUUAUUUAAACUUUAAAAAGCUAGAUAAUGCUGGAAGUUACAGGGAUCUAAGUGAUCAAACUGGUAUAUUGCCAUGGACUUAAUGCAGACUUCUGUCUAUCAGAUUUUCUUCAGAAAAGUCUUAAUCAACAUCAAGUUACAGAUUGAUCUCUUUUUUUCCUAAGUGGGAAGGCAGAUGAGCUUGAGAAUUAAUACCCAUUAUAUUCAGUUCAGUUUUCGAGCAGUUCAGUAGCCAGGAGGAAUUCCAUCGGCGUAUGCUUCUGGUACAUAUUCCUGAUAAGCUCCUGAAGGAACACUUCAAGUUUUGCUUCCCAUAGGCAGCCAGGCAUACUGCUCCCAUUAUGACUUCUGGUAAAUAUCAUUCAUUCUUCCCUUCCUUUGUUUUUCCUUUUCCUUCUCCUUCGACCUAAAUCUUGUACUGUGGCACAACACCUCAGAGCUUAUGUCAGGCUCUUUCUUGCUAUGCACUGGUUCAGAAGACAAAGUUCAAACAAGGAAGGAGCCAUUCAGGAAGGUGUGAAAAACAGUUUUCCAUACUAGCACUUUGACACCCCCCCAAUGUUAUGGCAUAAGGCACUGGUGUUCCUCAGUGGUGUACAGGGACAGCUUCACUUUUACCUCUGAGUUUGAAAGGUUUCAGCAAAAGGGACACUGCCACAUCCAAUCCAAAGUAGAAGUCUUCCCCAAAUCCCAACUGAACUCAGGUCUUCAUGUUGUAGUACAGUAUGAUAUUGGCUUGGUUUAACUUUUUGUCACCUUUAAUGCAAACUAGAAGGUGACAAAAGUACUGAAUAACAUCAUUAUUUACCACACAAACUCUCUGAUUUGAUUAUCAUCUCUUACUAAGUGGCCCAGUGCCUUCUUGCUUAAUACUGAAAUAUCAUUUCAGGCCUGAGCUUUUCAAAGCAAAAAAAAGCCACCAACAACCCUGUUCGCAGUGGGCACCAACUACAGUGAUGAAUUUCAUGCCAUAAGCAAGCAGGAAAGCCAAAAUGCAGUUUUUGCUAAAGUGUGCUUAGAAAAUAAACAUUUUAGCAGAAACAAGUU